GGGUCAACAGUUAUUUCCAAAACGGGGCGGGGUAACAUGCAUUAGAAAAUACUCAAGGGGUUUAACAAGUAUUCCCGAUUAUUUUCCAAAUCAAUUAAAUUAUUCUGUCACACUUCCUCUCAUUAUCAUCUGCGGCGGCUUCGUCUUUCUCUUCACUCUAUCCAUCCGAAGUUCCGGUGGGAUUUUCCAGGAAAAUAUGGGUCAUUUGAAUGUAAGCAACUUGAACACUAGCAGCUAUGGGCCUGCCACUUGCCCCCGUAAAAAUUGGAAAUUGAGGCCCCCACAAGCUGCCAUUAUCCCUAAUUAUCAUCUUCCAAUGCGAAGUUUUGAGGUUAAAAACAGGACAUCAACAGAGGAUAUAAAGUCACUUCGAUUGAUAACAGCCAUUAAAACACCAUAUCUACCUGAUGGGAGAUUUGAUCUUGAAGCUUAUGAUGACCUGGUUAAUAAACAGAUAUCAAAUGGUGCUGAAGGUUUGAUUGUUGGUGGCACAACUGGUGAAGGACAAUUGAUGAGCUGGGAUGAACAUAUAAUGCUUAUUGGCCACACAGUUAAUUGUUUUGGUGGAGCAAUUAAAGUAAUUGGAAACACUGGAAGCAACUCUACCAGGGAAGCAAUUCAUGCCACUGAACAGGGUUUUGCUGUUGGUAUGCAUGCUGCUCUUCACAUCAAUCCUUACUAUGGUAAAACUUCUUUGGAGGGCUUGAUUUCUCACUUUGAUUGUGUGUUAUCUAUGGGGCCAACCAUUAUAUACAAUGUUCCAUCACGGACUGGACAAGAUAUCCCCCCACGUGUGAUUGAAACUCUGGCUCAGAGUCCUAACCUGGCCGGUGUUAAAGAGUGUGUUGGUAAUGAUCGGGUUGAGCAUUAUACAGACAAAGGGGUUACUGUGUGGACUGGAAAUGACGACCAGUGUCAUGAUGCUAGAUGGGACCAUGGGGCUACUGGGGUGAUAUCUGUUACCAGCAACCUUGUUCCUGGGCUGAUGCAAGAACUUAUGUUUGGAGGAAAGAACCCUUCACUCAAUUCUAAGCUGAUGCCCCUGGUUGAGUGGCUCUUUCAGGAACCAAACCCCAUUGCCUUAAACACAGCUCUGGCUCAACUCGGAGUUGUGAGGCCAGUAUUCAGAUUGCCAUAUGUACCUCUUCCUCUACAGAAAAGGGUAGAGUUUGUGAAUUUGGUGAAGAAAAUUGGAAGGGAGAAUUUUGUUGGAGAGAAGGAUGUUCAGGUUCUGGAUGAUGAGGACUUUAUUUUGGUUGGUCGAUAUUAGUUACAUUAGUUUUCCCGUUCAGUGUUUUAGUUUGCUGUUUCUGUUGAAGAUAAAUUUUCUAGCUUUUUAAUUAGUGCUUUAAAUUAAUAGUCGCUACUGAGAAGUUACUUGAGCAUGUGUGAUGGCAAUGUUUGGACCCUUUUUUUUCUAAGCAUGCUACUGCUGCUUAGAUAUUAGUACAUAAUGUGAUAUUAUAAGUGUGUUUUUUUUAA